UCAGUUGCGCGCCUCUCCUCGUCGCAGCCGGUUGUCCGUCGCGUUAAUCCUGCCGCGUUGCGCGAUAAUAAAUAUAGUUCACAUCACCAAUUAAAAUAAAAACGCAAUGAUACACACCACAUACGAUCGCCUCUACUCCUAUCAAUAUAUUAAUUCUACGCAGCUGCAAACUCAACAUUGAUAAUACUUGUGUUGUUUAUGUUUAAAUCUGUGCGAUUAUAUAAAAAUUUGCGUGUGUGGCUGUUAAUAUGAGAAUAUAGAGUAUUAAUUGAAUGCACAUUUUGUGAAAUGUUGCCGAUUGCAACACAUGUACCGAGUUAUUUUCGGUCGGCGUUUCGGUAGUCGAUGCCAAUCGCGUGUUGGCAAUCGCCAUACCGGACUGAAUACAGGAUUAGGUGCGGAGUGUAAUAAUAUUUUUAUUAUUGACUACGAAUAUUUAUUACGCACGUGGUGGUGUGGCCAAUAUGUUGACCGUCACGGACCACAUGUUUCUCGUGCCGGAGCGGGCCCUCUCGAUGGACAUUACGCGCCUGCAGGAGGAUCUCGCCGGGUUGGAUUUCGAUGCGAGGCUGCUACAGGUGGCGCCGAUGGGCAAUGUCUGGAUAUCUGGGUCCCGUCCAUCAUCGGCUGCUAGAGGUGCGUAUCGAGCCGUUGAAAUCGAACGUAACAACAUCGAGGGUGGUACAAUGCACUGGUUUGCGUACGUGGGGCCAGACCCCCCUGCGCUGGACGAAGAAGACCGUGAAAUUCGAUUAAAGAAUCUAAAAGAGCGCCAGAAUGAGGAACGACAGAAGAAACUCGAGGAGAUCAAAGCGCAAGCGCUGGCGGCUCAGCGCUACAAGGAACAGAAGGAAGCCGAGCGACGACAGCGCUUUGAAGAGUUGCGCGUGCGCGAGGACUCGCGCCGGCAGCAAGUCGAAGAGCGCAAGCGCGCCAUCAACGAGGCGGAGCGUGAUCGAUUGGACGCUAUUUUAAGGCGUAACCAGGAACGCGAGGCGCGGAUUGAAGCGCGUAAGCGUCACGAUAGGCAUUCGCUAGUGUUUGCAUUCGGAUCAUCCACGCCCCGCAUGCUGGACCCAGCCCCGGAAGGCGGUACGUUUUGGGGACAUCGGCGUGCCACGUCUACGCAGAACAUCACCUGUAGUGUACCGGCGGGUGCGCCUGGUGCUGCGUGCGCACCUCUUACUCGCAGACAAUCCGAACGUGAACUGGAUGGCGGCAGUAAGAAGCGCGCUACGUCCGCCGGUGGACUUGAGCGUUCAGGCGAAGAUGCGCUGCGAAUGACGUCGUCAAUGUAUGAAAUUUUCGGCGGUAGCGGACAGGAGGUGCCCGCCCAAUACCACAAUGUCUUGACGCGCAGCUCAUCGGCUCAUUUCGGUACGCCGCCGACGACGCCGGCGGGAUGCGUCAGCGGGUACGUGGGGCGGCGCCGCACCGAUCUGAUGCCGACCAUUCCGACGAAAGACGCAUCCCCGGGAGGACGCGCGAGCAAGCCGUUCGCGCGCUCACCAGGUAGGGCUUACUCGAUGUCGCGCUUAGACCAGCUGGCGAAGCCGCGCCGGCGGCCCGACCAGCUGCCGCCCGUCUCGGAGCUUCCCCUCCACCACCAUCACCACCACUCCCAACCCCAAUAUGCCGCGGUCAGUCGCAGCAUGAGCCACCUUGCAGGCGUCGGUAAGCAGCCGCCGUUCGGAUCGCCGCAGCGGCCGCUGCGCAAGGCCGACAGCCGCAGUAUGCAUCAGCUGUCGGGGCGGGGCGGGCCAGUGCCGCCUCCGCGUGCCACACGCGCCACCCAGUUGCGCCAGCAGCGCCACGCCUCCUCGGCCCACUCGGCCGGCGGCUUGAACGAAGCAUCGUCGCGACCGAGUAGCGCCCUCAGCCAGCAGAGCACUACCAGCGUAACGAGUUCAGUAAAUCUACGCGUGCGGCCGAUUGCGGCGCCGCGCCGCCCUCGCCCUGCUAGCAUUGCCGUUACUGGUGUAACUACGACACCGGACAAGACGACAAAACCUCCACUUCCCAAGUCGCGGAAGUCCAGCUUAGUCAAAUCGCAGGACAAACUCAAGCGGAAGCCAACGGCUGCAUCGCCAACGGAGACCACGCCCAAGAGCGUGGCGUCACCUAUAACGCAGGAAGAAGUUAGUAUCGCGAAUACUAAACCAGUUGAAGAAAUACAAGCACCUCAACAGCCGCUGCCGCCGGCUCCAGUUGUUGUCGAAGAAACGCAGGUUGUGAAGCCGGAUAUUCUUCAACCAGAGACACAAGGGAAAGAGGAAGUUCCUGUAGUAGAUUUAUUGCUUGACUUGGAGCCCACGAAAGUAAACGACGUAUUGGAUACGCCCGCUCUGCCUGUCAUCGCUGCCGCCCCCGUUGAAGCGCCACCAGCGCCCAUCAUUGACCUAGUGACGACGGACGGUGAACAACCGGAAGUGGUUGAUAUGACUGCGUCGAUGAUUAAGGUGCGCAUCAAUACCGAGGAGGAAGCUAAAGCUGCUUUGGCCGAAAGGAGACGUUUAGCUCGCGAGGAAGCCGAACGACAGGCGGAGAUGGAGCGGUUGCGUAUUGAGGAAGAGAACCGGCUCGAAAUGGAACGGCAGCAACGUGAAGAAGAACAACAGCGGCUGUUGAUCGAACAAAUGCGCGCCGCCGAACAGGAACGGCUAGAAGAGGCGAUUCGUGACACGCAACGACGAGAAGAAGAAGAACGACUCCGUCGCGAAGAGGAAAACCGCCAGAAGAUCCUCAAGGAAGAGGCAGACCGCAAGGCGCGCGAAGAAGCCGAACGGCAGAAGGUCGAGCUCGCCAAACGACUCGAACACGAGGAGAAGGAGCGCGAGGCGCGACGCAAACGCGUCGAGGCGAUCAUGCUGCGCACGCGCGGCAAGAACAGCACGCCGCAACAGACUGAGGAGAACUCUGAGAACUCCGAGAAGGUGAACGGCUCCAACUCGGAGAACUCCGAGAACGGACACAAAAACGGCAAGGAGAUCGAGACCGUCGACAAUAUCAUCCCUGUCGAGACCACCCUUAAGAACGCAAAUACUGUAAAUGUCGAUACACUAAGCACCGACGACACUUUAAAUUCAAACAAUUCUUGGCAACACAACAACCAACAGAGUGAUUUAUUAAUGUGAGUUGCCAUGAAUUCGUAAACACUAGGUGCUUAUAAAUGAUUAUUUUUUUAUCUGUAAAAGAAUGCGAACGACGACGGAAGCCGUAGCACAGCCUGAGUUGUAGAAUUGCCGUCGGUUGAGUUUCUCACAAUGCCGAUGAUAACAUGUUAAUAGUAUUGUUUUUUUUUUAUAUAUAUUAAAUUAUGAGACGAUAGUGUGCGAGCAUUGUUUGUGCAAUACUAGCUUUGACACGGCAAUUUUAUUUAGGUGUAUUUAAAUAAUGGUACAUUGACUGAGAUUUUUAUCAAGAUUGAUGACGAGAGACGAGAUGAAACGUUGUUGCUGCAAUCUUCCAGCUCGGUCUUUACUAGUCAUCUUAUUCGAAUGAAUGUUGACAAAUGUUGCACGCGUUGAUAUAUAUAUUUAGUCAAGUCAGGGUAACGAUACGACUUCGCCUUGCAUGUUUCUCUUUCGGCGUUCAUUUGAUUGUCAUUCAUGUGAAUUGUAUAAAAAUGUUUGUAUUUAUGCGAUUAAGUUUAAACACAUUUUAAUUAUGGACACGAUCAAAUUCAUGGAGCGCGACGAUUGAGUUGAGAAAGUCGAGUAGAGUGUAGCAUUCGUCGUCACUUUAUAACAAGAAGUUUGCAGUUGGUUCCACUUAUAAAGGGUCUAAUGUUUAAUCGUAUGUUACAAUAAUUUUAAGCUAAUCACACACACAUACACACACACACACACACACACUGGCGGGCGAACCAGAUGAAACACGACUACUUGAUGUAUAAAUAACAAAAGAUGAGACGUUAUUAUCCGUGCACCACGCGCGGAAUGUGAAUAAUCGUCCCUAGAUAGAUAGGUAGAUAGCGAUUUUAAAAAAUUAUAGAAAUUGUAUUAAAUUUAAAUCACACAUACACUUCAUUGCGGCAGGCGCGCUGUGUGCGCGCUCGACCCUAUAUUUCUUUAUUAACGAGAAUAUGAAUAUUCCUAAAACUUGUAAAAAAUUGCUUGUUAAACAGUGCUUAAUAAAAUUAAUAGAUUUAUUUAUACGAA